AUGCUGGCCGAUCUCGACGAAACGUGGAUGCACCGGUCUUUAGCUGAUUCAGCAAAAGACAAUGUUCAUGCGGAACGGAUGGGUCUCAGAUGCUCCAUUUACGCUCAUGGGAACAAACAUGUCCGAAUGUACCAGCUACGUUCUUUUGGGUCGGGAAUUGAACAUGAUGAACGACCUGACCCCCGAGCAAAGCAGGAGGAGACUUGGGAGCAUCUCCUCCUGCUCUGCUCGGGGACCUCCGCACUUGCUGCUUUGACCUAUGCUUCGGAAACCUGGGCAUUUUGCAAGCAGGAAGAAAACGCGGUGAGCGUCAUUGAACGCGCAGUUGAGAGAGUGAUGCUAGGAGUAUCCCGCUUCAUACAAGUGAGAGACGGGACUCGAUUUUCUGUCCUACGUCAGCGAUUGAAGAUUAGAGACGUCGCCGCGUUUGCCAAGGAGAGUGAAAUAAGCGCACUACAGGAAGACCGCCGACUCGGCCGUCCGAUUUCUUCACGGAGUUCUUCAAAGAAAAUUGUGAUGCCCUUCAUGUCCCACACGAAAGGAGGAACCGCUGGGCGAUUCUGGCACGCGAUCGGGACAAAUGGAAGAAAUACUGGCGCCCGCUCGACCAGUUCGAAGAUCAACGGGAGUCAAGGUAAUGAAGCUGAUCAAGAGCUCACUGCAGUCUUAACUCAAACAACCUCUCUUUCGUCAUCGCAGUGUACAGUCUACAAUGGAACGAUGAACAGAGAUGAAUUUAAUGGAGCAGAAUCUCGCCGCGUAUUUGCCGAAACACAGGAAUUGGAAUUCAGCAUUGCCUGGCGUUAUAGUCGAGAAAGAAGGAGAAACUUUUACGUUUCAUCAGAACUAUUGAAGAAAUUGUUGAAGGCACUCUCUCUGUACGAUGAAACGCUAGCAGUAGCUUUCACUACUGCAGCACUACAUCUCAGUGCCAAGUAUGGAGGCCUUAUUACUAAAGCUGAACGAAACAGUACAAAUGGAUCCAUGCGAGUCACAGAAUGUUUGGUUCUAAUGCUGCAAAAGAAUUUUGCCUUUGCAUUUGCGGAGACAAGAUCCACGUACAACUCUGUAUGGGUCGCCCGCAGCACAGGUGAUUUCAACAAUGAAAAGCGGUUGAGAAGGAAGUUUAGUCGUCAUUUGCAACAAGACCGCGAUAAUGAGUGGACGUUAAGAGGGGAGGAGUUUGAAAAGGCCUGGGAGGACAAGAAGCCUAUGCUUUAUUAA